UAAUAAAAAUAUUAAAUACAUGCUCAAAUUAUUAUUAAUUCUUGUCUUGGCAUCCUUAUUCCUUACUUAAGCAGCUGAAAAUUAAUUGACUAUUGCUUUUGGAUCAUGCUUUAAAUUUUACAGAACCCAUGAUACAGAUGUUUUUUAAAGAAUUUAGUCAUUUAAUCCUAAAUAUUUUUUUUGGUUAGGAGAUGCUGCUUAUAUUGAUUAUAUGCCUAUUAUUGGUAUUUGGAGAGCAGAAGCUAAUGAAACUAGAGUUAAAGAAAAAUUUGAUAUAACCAAUGAUGAUAAAUAUUAUGCUCAAUUCAAAAAGAAUGUUAUUAUUAAAGGAGUUUAUGAUGAUCAUGAUAGCAAUGAAAAUAAUGGAGGCAAAUUCAAUCCAUUAAAAGAAAGUGCUAAACAAUUAUAUCUUGAUUUUAUCGGAGAAUCCAAAGAUUCACCACUAAGAAAAUAAGAUGGUAUUUACUAAUCAUUUNCCAGUUGAAAAGAGAGGUUUUGGAAGAGGAGGAAGAGGAUAAAGAGAAAGAAGAGAAGGAGGAGCUCCAAGAUAAAAUAGAGGUCCAAGAAGAUUUGGAGGAGAAUAAGAAUGGACUCCAUUAACUAAAUUAGGUAGAUUAGUAAAGGCAGGUAAAAUUAAGAGUCUCGAAACAAUCUUCUAAUUUUCAAUUCCUAUUAAAGGUAAAUUUGAAUAAUUUAUAUAUUUUAGAAUAUUAAAUAGUUGAUCAUUUCCUUAAGAAUUUGAAAGAAGAACCACUUGCACUUGGUCCAGUUUAAAAACAAACUUGUGCAGGUUAAAGAACAAGAUUUAAGGCAUAUGUUGUAGUAGGAGAUGGUCAUUAACAUAUUGGAUUGGGAUGGAAAUCAGCCAAAGAAGUUUAAGGAGCAAUUAAAGGAGCAGUCAUUAACGCUAAAUUAAAUUUGAUUCCAGUAAGAAAAGGAUAUUGGGGAAAUAAGAUUGCUUAACCACAUACAGUUCCAUGUAAAGUAACAGGAAAAGAAGGAUCAGUCAGAGUUAGAUUAGUACCAGCACCUAGAGGUACUGGUAUUGUUGCUGCCAUUACAUCAAAGAAAGUCUUAUAAAUGGCAGGAAUUUAAGAUUGUUAUACUUAAUCAAAGGGAAGUACAAGAACUAGAUCUAAUUUCUUAAAGGCUACAUUCCAUGCUCUUAAAGAAACAUACAAUUUCCUUACACCAGAUCUUUGGGGACAUACUAAAUUAGAAUCAACACCAUUCUAAGAACACAGCGAAUAUUUGGCUGCCUUAAAAUGAGAUCAAUUUAUCAUUAGUAUAAUAAAAAUAUUAAAU